GAACAUGUCUCUCCCAUCUGAGGGUAGGUUUUUUCUUACGACGACCCGUAAAAGUCGCGCUGUAGGAAGAAGUCGCUGAAGCCCUCUCUUUAUUCCAUUUGUUUUGUCUACUACCAAGGACCAGGCAUCAUGCGUGAGUGCAUCAGUAUCCACGUUGGCCAGGCUGGAGUCCAGAUUGGAAAUGCCUGCUGGGAGCUCUACUGCUUGGAACAUGGCAUCCAGCCUGAUGGGCAGAUGCCCAGUGACAAGACCAUCGGAGGUGGAGAUGAUUCCUUCAACACCUUCUUCAGUGAGACAGGAGCAGGCAAACAUGUUCCACGAGCUGUGUUUGUGGACUUGGAGCCAACUGUAAUAGAUGAGGUCCGUACUGGUACUUACCGCCAGCUGUUCCACCCUGAGCAGCUGAUCACUGGGAAGGAAGAUGCAGCUAAUAACUAUGCCCGUGGUCACUACACAAUUGGCAAGGAGAUCAUUGACUUGGUUCUGGACCGAAUCCGUAAACUGGUGAGUAUACUUUGGCUAAAGUGUGAAGCCAAAGUUGUGACAGGCCUCAAUAUAGCCAUAGUAACUGACAUUUGCAUUUGUCUUCUGCAGGCUGACCAAUGUACAGGUCUCCAAGGUUUCCUGGUCUUCCACAGCUUUGGUGGUGGCACUGGCUCUGGCUUUACAUCUCUGCUGAUGGAACGUCUCUCUGUUGACUAUGGCAAGAAAUCCAAGCUUGAAUUCUCCAUCUACCCAGCUCCCCAGGUGUCUACUGCAGUGGUAGAGCCUUACAAUUCCAUCCUGACCACCCACACUACCCUGGAACACUCCGAUUGUGCUUUCAUGGUUGACAAUGAAGCCAUCUAUGACAUCUGCCGAAGAAACCUAGACAUUGAGAGGCCAACUUACACCAACCUGAACCGCCUCAUCAGCCAGAUAGUGUCCUCUAUCACUGCCUCCCUUCGCUUUGAUGGCGCCCUGAAUGUUGAUCUGACCGAGUUCCAGACCAACUUGGUGCCAUACCCCCGUAUCCACUUCCCCUUGGCCACCUAUGCACCAGUUAUCUCUGCUGAGAAGGCAUAUCAUGAGCAGCUAACAGUAGCAGAAAUAACCAAUGCUUGUUUUGAGCCAGCCAACCAGAUGGUCAAAUGUGACCCCCGCCAUGGCAAGUACAUGGCCUGCUGCCUCCUCUACCGUGGUGAUGUAGUGCCAAAAGAUGUCAAUGCUGCUAUUGCUACUAUUAAAACUAAACGUACCAUCCAGUUUGUGGAUUGGUGUCCCACUGGUUUCAAGGUUGGUAUCAACUACCAGCCUCCUACUGUGGUUCCUGGAGGUGACUUGGCUAAGGUUCAGCGGGCUGUGUGUAUGCUGAGCAACACCACAGCUGUUGCUGAAGCUUGGGCUCGCCUGGACCACAAGUUUGACCUGAUGUAUGCCAAGCGUGCCUUUGUUCACUGGUAUGUUGGUGAAGGUAUGGAGGAAGGAGAGUUCUCAGAAGCCCGUGAGGAUAUGGCUGCUUUAGAGAAGGAUUAUGAGGAAGUUGGUGCUGAUAGUGGUGAAGGUGAAGAGGAAGGGGAGGAGUAUUAAAUCCUCAAACUUUAAUGUUGUCCUGUUUUUGCUUCCUUUAUUUGUAUUCUGAUUCUGUGCCUUAUUUCUCCUGUGAAACAUCUGUUAAUAAACUUGAUUUUCUGAAGUAA